AUGGCUUCUUUAAAAUUUGUUCAAUCAGUCUGGCAGUCCUUCAGGACUACAUCCGGUUUAGAACCGAGGUUGUUGGAUAAUCUUCGAGUGACAGCAGCACGUCCUGGUGUUGUUAAUUUCGAACUAGAUAUCCAGAAGGAACAUACGAAUCGCCUGGGAAUCCUCCAUGGAGGAACAAUUGCGAGCAUGGUUGAUCUGGGGGGGUCGCUAGCCGUUGCCUCCAGGGGACUUUUCGCUACUGGAGUCUCAACAGAUCUUAAUGUUACAUAUCUCAAUUCUGGUGGGAAAAUCGGAGAUAAAAUUCUUGCGGAAGUUUCUUGCGAUAAAUGUAUGCACAAAUUUCACCUAUUCAUCCGCAAAGUUGUUGUGAAUCCAUCUCAUCUAAUUACAUCACCUCGAAAAAUCUCAGUUGGCAAAACCCUCGCAUUCACAUCCGCCAAGUUCACAAAUUUAGAGAACGAAGUUGUGGCACGGGGUAGUCACACGAAAUUCGUGGCUAUCGCAUUCAAAGACCCGAAAAACAUCGUUCAUCAGCUUAAGCCAGAAGAGGAGUCUGAGGGUGGGAACAAAUACUGA